AUGGGUGUCUGCAACGAAGGACAAAUGAGUGUGAGCGUUGACUUCACGCUCGAUUCCCGGUUCUUCCAAACCACAAAUUUGCGACUGCGGGUUCGGCGCGAUUACCCGAUGAAAAGCAUUUGCGAGGAUCUUAAGUCCUUUUUACCUUUGUCAUACACCGUAGAAAAUUACAAAGUUCUUGUUAAAUUUCGUGGGAAAGUUUAUGGUCAUAAAGACCAUGUAACACUUGCUGAUUUAAAUAUAUUAAAAAUUUAUUUCAAAAAGGAAAAUUUUUUUUUUAAAAUAAUUGAAUUUACUGUAGUGCGAAUUCUGAAAAAAUGACAGCACUUGUAGUUCCCAAAAAUAAAGAUAAAAUUUCCAUAACUCUUUCUGUACACUGUUGCUCUGAUUCUUCAACUUGCAUCCAGCUACCAAAGAAUUUUACAGUUGAUUGCCUUAAAACUGAAAUUUUAAAAGCCAAAAGCUGUUGUGCGAGGUCAGACUGCCGGAUUAUUAUAAACGACACAGAAGUUACUAUGGAUGAUAGUUUUCCAUAUUCUAAAAAAUCCCAAAUUCAUAUUCUUUGACGUAAAAAGUGUUUCGAGUUUUAAUUUUAAAAGACACAAUGCAAAUUAAAGAGAGGAAAAUUUGAUAUGCUAAAAAUGUUGAAUUCUCCAAGAAUUUACAUUAAUUAAAAUAUAAAGCACGCUUAAUUUGCUAUAAAAAGCGUUUUUAUGUCUUUUACAUUCUUAGGAGUUUAAUUAAUUCAUUAGCUCUAUAUUAAUAUCAAUUUUAUUAGCUAAGUGCGUUCCUAUUGAUGGAUAAAUGAAAAUUAAUCAGAACUUACUUAUAUCUGGCCAAAUCAAUUAUGGUAAGAAAUUUUUCCAAUGCAUUAUAUAAUAUUUCAAUCAGAAACUCAUGGGUCCUGCACACCAAGCUCAUGAAAAAUUAAAAAAACUGGUCUCACUAAAGAAGGCCUCUGCAUGAAUCCUUCCUGUGCAGCUUACAAGCAGGUUGUCUACAUAAGUAAAGGCUUGGGGACUUUUGAUUUAUUGAUGGAAUCAUCGUCCUUAAAAGAAGAAAAAUGCAUAAUGUGUGAGACUAAUCUCUAUAACACCCAGCGAUUCGGUUUCAUUAACUGUAUUUAUUCAUAUAUUGCAGAAGAUGAUAACAAAGACGUUUUAGAAGAAGAAAAAGAAGCUGGUUUAGAAUAUCAUCUAUUAAAUUGUAUAGAAAUAAAGAUUUUCUUAGAAAUUUUAUGUACAAUUAGUUUAAUAAUAGGAUAUUCCCAGCUUAGUUUAAUGAAAGUUGGGACCUGGACCCGUUUUGAGGUUAAAGUUGAUAAAUAUUGUAAUUAA